CACAGUGACCGGCCGUUCUCUCUCUUAACCGUCUCUCUCUCUCUCUAGGUGUGAACUGUGUAGCGCUGCGCUUCUUUGCCUUCGCUUCAGCAGCAUCUGCGGAGCGGCGGCUGCUACUCGCCUGCUACUCCGGGGGCGAAGGGCACCGGCGACGGCGGCCGGCGAGGAGCUGGACCCUCGAGCCCGGAUGCCUCCUCCCGAGCUACAGCUGGAGCAAGAGCACUAAUGUCAGCCUGUGGCAAUGGAUCCACCUACAACUGAUGCUGGUGAUGAACUGGAGAGCUACUCAUCCUUGGGUUUGACAGUACCAUACUCACAGAAAGACAAUGCUAAAUUUCCAAAGGUUCUUUUGCUUCUGUCAGCAUAUCUUGACAAGAUAGUUAAGGAGAAUGAAGAGCUACUUGAUUCCAGUGAAAUAAAGGAGUCAACAACUAUCUUUCAUGGUCAGAGGGUGCCAGAACUUAGCAUAAAGCUCUAUGCAGAACGCAUCUUCAAGUAUGCACAGUGCAGCCCAUCUUGCUUUGUGUUGGGACUCAUCUACAUGGAGAGAUAUCUACAGCAACCAAACAUUUACAUGACGUCAUUUAGUGUUCAUCGCUUGCUGAUUACAAGUGUUGUUGUUGCUGCCAAAUUCAUAGAUGAUUCGUUUUUCAACAAUGCAUACUACGGAAGAGUUGGAGGAAUUAGCACAAGAGAGAUGAACAGGCUUGAACUGGAUUUGUUGUUCAGUCUGGACUUCAGGCUCAAAGUCAAUUUAGAGACUUUCAGAAGCUACUGCUUGCAGUUGGAGAAAGAAUCACUAACUCUCGUUCUAGAGAGACCGAUCCAGGUCCAAGCCACCAACGGGACUAAACCCUUGAUUUGUAACAGCAGUGUUGAUGAGACUUGCAAGCAUGAGCUCGUGCGUGAAAGGUACAGCAGCCAGGCUCUCCAAGGAUGUAGCUGGUAAAUCGGAUCUAUCGGAUCUACAAAAUGUGGGGGUCUGAGCACUGAUAAUUCUUUUAUUUGACUAUAUGCAUUCAGAUGACUUGCAAUUGGUCCUCAUUUUAGUUAGUGAGGCAGUUAUUUUACUUUUACUUUUUCUAGAACACUGUAAUUCUUGAGCCACGCUGAAAACGUCAUUCCUGAAGUCUGGGUGCAUUUCAGUC